CGGAUUUUCCUGGAUGACUCCCCGCCCACUUGUACGUAAAGGAUUGGAGCCGCGCACCUGCGAUAAGUACAGUCUAUCGAAGUCGCUAGUUUUUUUUUUGUAAUGAUUCCCGUUAAUUGUGUGGAUUAUACAUUUCUGACUAGACCAUGACAGAGUUCCAGCCAUUAUGCCUAAUGGUUUUUUUCAUGCUGACCUUGUCCCUCAAACCCAUGGGUGCGUUUCCACGGCCUGGCCUUGACGUUGGAGGCAGGAUGCUGCUGCAUGUCUCUUGCGGAGCCAACUAUGAGUACCUGCAUGACAACAUCUGCUGUUUAAACUGUCCAGCUGGUACACGUGUGAAAUCACCCUGCACCAAAGCAGGACAGAAGGGGACAUGUGAGGAAUGUGACUAUGGGACAUACACUGAGCACGACAAUGGUCUGAAUCAGUGUUUCAAGUGCACAAAGUGUCGCUCAGAUCAGGAAAUUGCGAGGCAGUGUACUUCCACUCAAAACACUGAAUGUCAGUGCAAGCCAGGGAGAUUUUGUGCUCCUGAACAAGCAUGUGAAGUGUGCAAGAAGUGUUUAAGGUGUGGAAAAGAUGAGCAGGUUGUGAGGAACUGCACCUCGACCACCGACACAGAGUGCAAGAAAAUCCAGGCCAGCUCUAGUUCAGCCUCAGGAAUAAUUGCAGUGAUUGUGCUAGUAGUGAUUGUUGCUGCUGUGAUCAUCGGGGCAGUAUUUUACUGGAGGAUGAGGAGAUGCAGAGCAGCAGGCUCUCAGAGUAGUCAGCCUGAUGGGAUGAAAGCUGGACAUCAUCACACUGACAGCUGUUCCACCCAGGAAAGGAGGAAUGGAGAAAAUCGAAGGCACAGUAGCUCAAACUGGCAACUGGUGAGACCCAAAUCCUCAGCUGGUAUGGAGGAUGAGCGUGAAGUGCUGUGCAAAAGCCUCAACAGCUCAGCCAGUAACUCGCAGCAUAGUCUAACCGGCUUGCCCUCCUCUGCCUUCCCUGCAACCCUCGCCCAAGCCAGUCCCGUGGUCCCCAGGCAGCCCGACAGGAGGGAAUAUGAGCAGCUUCCCAAGCUUAUUCCUGUGAGUGGUGAAGAGUCUUUGAGGAAAUGCUUUGAGUAUUUUGAAGAAAUGGAUGUCAGCUACUACAAGAGAUUCUUCCGUCACCUUGGCCUCACUGACAAUAUGAUCAAAAGCAAGGAACACCUUCAAUAUGAAGACAGGAUCCAUGAGUUACUGAAUAUAUGGGUGGAGAAAGUGGGCAGAGAUGCCAGCUUAAAUGAUCUGCUGAAAGCACUGUUUGAUUUGAAUCAGAGGCGAACAGCUGAAAUGGCCAGGGAGAGUGCUGUUAGAAAUGGCCAUUACAUCCCUGAGUCUUAAUGUUUUCACAGAAGCCUUCUGAAAAUAUGCAAUCUACUAUCAAGGCUACCAUCCAUAGUGUUGUUUCUGCCAAAAAAACAAAACAAAUCUCGUUGCAGUAAAAGCAUAAGUAAUGUAGUGUCAUGACUAUCACUUAUGGUGACACAUCCUUAUUGGAGUAAUCUUGUUAUAAUCCAGUCUUUGCUGGUCAGAUUAGCAGCUCGCGUGGCUAUUGUCCAUAGUGGUCUUGGGUUGAUGGUGUGAGGUCCUUGUUGCUUCUUUAAAACUUCUGCCUCAUCCAGUGCUGGUUGGAGUAAUAAUGCACAAGGCUAGCAUCCAAAGUGAUGGAAUUUUUUUUGGUGAGUAGAGAAUCUAUUCAACUAAAAAUAAACAUGCAUAUGUUCCUGAUUCGGCUGUUGUUUCAGUAAAGGCGUUUCACUGUCCAGCUCUGAGAGGGAGGUCGUCAGUCUUUUCUAACUUGAAAAUGAUUUAUUUUAGCUCAAUGUAGUGUUGAUAGUGAAGUAUUUAAUUUGGGAAAGUGUUUGCUGUCUUGUUUACACACUGCGAUUUACUUGGCCCAAAUCUGGAGAGCGUGUUUCUCAUAGUUAUUAUGAUAUUAAGUAGACCUUACUGACAGUUUUAUUCCUUGCAAAGUGUUUUAUUUAUUCAAAUAUGUCCUCAGGAAUGAAUGUCUUUGGGGUUGCACUGAACACUUAGAACAUUAAGUCAAAUGUGUAGGGAUCAGAGAUAUUACCACAAGUAUACUAAGGUAAUAAUGGUGGAGAACAGUUAGGUUUGUGACUUAUUAUUAUUUAACAACUGUUCUUUGACUGUAUUGUAUACUUGCUGAGUGACAGUAUUGUCCUGAUCAAGUUGGUUUACUUUCUGAAAGCACCUGAUUUAAGAUGGAUUUUUUUUUUUUUUAAUACCCUAUGUCUGCGCUAUGUUUCCACUUUAUUUAUUGUUACACUUCUGUCAUAAUCCUGAUCACAUUAUAGUCCUAAACUGCAAAGUUUCAUGGGGGACCACUGAUGGCUUGUCCAAAUAUGCUUGAAACAGGGGUUUUCCCAUUCCCCCUGGUUUCCUGCUCUUAAUAAAUUAUUAAGCUUUAAGAUGAGAUGGUCCCACAUCAAUAUGAAGAUUAAUCACAGUGUUAGUCUUUUUUUACUUUCGUAUUUUGUCUUGCUCAUAUCUCUACCUUUCAUGUCCCAUAGUAGUUGUUAGCCCAUUGCUACUUUUUUCUUUUACAGAAUAAUUAUACUUUGAUAAGCUGUGAAAUAAUAAAUACAAUAUUGCUCCUUA